GAGUACCUUUAUAUGGAGGGUAAUUUCUUUCAAGGAGCAAUUCCAACAUACUUGAGUUCUUUAAGAGGUAUUCAAGUCAUGGAUCUUUCUCGAAACAACUUGUCUAGGCAAAUUCCAAAUUUCUUGGAGAAACUUUCCCUGAAGAAUUUAAAUUUAUCCUUCAAUGAUUUUGAAGGAGAGGUUCCAACAAAAGGAGUGUUCGUAAAUUCUAGUGCAAUAUCACUCAUUGGAAAUAGUAGGCUAUGUGGGGGCAUAUCAGAAUUAAAGUUUCCUAGAUGCUUAACAAAAGAAGAGAAGAAAGCAAAGUGGCCUCUUGCAGUCAAAGUGGCAAUCUCAAUGGCAUGUGUGAUUCUGGUAGUAACCAUAAUGUCAUUUUUCUUAUUUUGUCGGCACAAAAGUCAAAGAAAAGAUAAUUCUUCAGAAUCUUCUUUAAGGCAAUCACUUUUGAAACUGUCUUACCAAGUGCUCCUUAAAGCAACUGAUGGAUUUUCGUCAGCAAAUUUGAUUGGUGUGGGUAGUUUUGGCUUGGUCUAUAAAGGUAUCCUUGGUGAGGAUGAAUCAAUUGUUGCAGUCAAGGUAAUAAAUAUUCAACGUCAAGGAGCUUCUAAGAGCUUCAUCUCCGAGUGUGAAGCUUUGAAAAAUAUUCGUCAUCGGAAUCUUGUGAAAAUCAUUACUUCCUGCUCAAGUGUGGAUUUUCAUGGCAAUGAUUUUAAGGCUCUUGUUUUUGAGUUCAUGCCGAAUGGAAGUUUAGAAAAUUGGUUGCAUAUGGAUUUGGAAAAAAAUACUUGGCAAGUAGAUAUACAAAAUUUGAACCUUGUUCAAAGAAUAAGCAUUGCCAUUGAUGUUGCCUGUGCGCUCGAUUACCUACAUCACCGUUGCCCAAUGCCAAUUGUUCAUUGUGAUCUAAAGCCAAGUAAUAUUCUUUUUUAUUGUGAUAUGAUUGCUCAUAUUGGAGAUUUUGGGCUUGCGAAAUUUCUUUUAGAACUUACAAAUCCGAAACAAAGCGACUCAAUUGGAAUAAGGGGAACAAUUGGGUACACUCCUCCAGGUAACAACAAUUUACUAAACUUUUUAAUUAACAUAUGUUUUCCCACAUUAACCAUAAUUAAUUUUACAAUCCCAAGUCGUAAUGUGAACAUAUUUUCUAUAUCAAAUAUUUUGAAUGGCAGAGUACGGUGUAGGAUGUCAUGUGUCAACAAAAGGAGAUGCCUACAGCUAUGGAAUCUUAUUAUUGGAGAUGAUAAUAGGAAAGAGACCCACAAAUUGAGUGUUUGA